GGGACAGUAAUAGAUUCAUUCAUCCCAAAUUUUAAUUCCUACGCACAUUCCUAUCGAAAAAUACAAUCCUAUAUUCAAUUUUUCAGAUUAGUUUUUCGACUUUUUGUGGAAUUGUAGAUUCAUUCAUCAAAUUGAAUUUUUCAUCAUCAAACCAAUCAAACGGUCAAUAUUCAAUGGAUCUGGAGGUGGUUGGCCGCCACGCGAUGCUGUUCGACGACGACGGCAUGGCGGCGUUCGUCAACUCACCGGAAGCUCUCAUUGAUUGGAAUUCUCUCUCAAUUGAUCGUUACGACGUUCGACAUCUUCUCUCCGGUCCAAUUCCUCCCCGCCUCAAACGCCGUCCUCAUCCUCCUUCUUCAAUCGAAGCUGACCUUGAUCAUCAACGUUAUCUCGAUCUUCCUUCAUCUCCUCCUCAUGAACAAUCUCAUGAACAAUCACAAGGUAACCUAAUUUCUCUUCUUCUAGCUUCUUAUUCCUUUCUUUUAUAUUUUGUUUAUUCGCUUUUAUUUUAUUUCAAGUUUUUUUUGUUAUUGUUGGAUUGUAUUUGUUUAUUUGAGUUGAUAGAGGUUUUGUUUUCGAUCGAAAGUAUAUAGGAAGGUUGAGUUCAUAAUUUGAAAAUUUUGUUAUUGUUGAAGGUUAGUUAUAAUUAGUUCAUUACAUUGGAGAUAGUAAAUUCUGAUUAAUAAGGUUAGAGGAAUUUAGAUGAAAAUUUUAGGAAAAGCUAUUAAAUUUUUAUAAUGAAAUUUUGGUUUUUGAUAGCACUUGUGAAUAAGGCAUUAAGGAUUGGUUGGAGUAUUGUAGUGCUUCUUUGUGAGUUGUAGCUGGAAUAGUUGAAUGCUUGUUAUUAUUGGAUGAAAGGAUUGCAUGAGCAUAUUCUAGUCUGUAGAUUAAUCUUAGAUUUAUCCGAUGUUGUUAAAUAGUGGCCAUUAGCACUAUUGCAUGGUGGAAUUUGAGUAAAUCAACGUUGUUCUGCGAUAAGCUAUUUAGGGUCUGUUUGGAUAAACAAUUAUUUGAAGCUUAUAGCAUUGGUGGCACUUAUCAUGAAAUGAUAAUCACUUAUGUAUAAGCUUACAUAAGCAAUUUGUAUAGCAUAAGAUAAAAUAAAGAUAACUUAUUUCUCUGUAUGUUAUGAAAAAUUUUGUUAGUAUUGAAGGUUGAUUAAUCGAUUAAAUGAAAUAUAUUCUGAAAAUUUUAUUUUAUGCUUGGAUGAAAGGAUUGUAUGUACAUAUUCUGGUGCAUUGUAAAAUAGCGGCUAUAGUAGUGCUACAGUACUGGUGCAUAGCGGAAUUUCAACACAACACUGAAUUUAUCCUCUUCAUUGUUACACUGAAUUAUAUUAAUUUUUUAAAUAUAUUGUAAUUUGUCUUAAAUAUUGUGUUAAUGAAUCAUGAGUAAUUCUCUAGUAUUUUUUUUCUUUAAAAACAAACUAACAUGGACAAGUCUUUUCAAUUGGUUCUCAUUUUUUGGACAAAUCGAUAUAUUUGCUUUAGAUGUGUCAUUUAGUUGAGGGCUUGAGGUAACUAGGUAAUCGGUGCAAUGUUGACUGUUAAGUUAGAUUUUUUUAUUGUGGAUGUUGGGACAACUUUUUACAACUUCCACCUUAGACUAUGUUGAGUUUUUCCGUUUGUACAACAACAAUAUCUACAUUUGCAGGAUGCAAUCUAAUAUGCUACGGUUCCUGUGUCAGACUUCAAGUAAGGAUGUUUAUCACUGGCUUCCAUUUUUUUAGUUUCGUUGGUGUCAGUGCUAUUACUGUUUUAGGUGUAUGAUAUUAUUGCAGUUGAGAAUUAUAUGUGGUUCUGAUGAUGCCGCCUUUCUGUGUAUGUUUAGAUAAUGAUUCAGGCGCAGUGAAUUCAUCUGGCUAUCGUGCUGUUGCAUUUUCAUAUGCAAAUUCUAGUGUGUCCACUGAGACAAAGGACACCGAUACUGAAUCCAGUUUUCGUCCCAACUUUCCAGUACCAGAAAGCUUACUUAAUAAUCUGGUGAGUAACAUCUGUCUGAAGAUAUACUCCGAUCAUGUGAUUUUCAUAUGUUUUAUUUGACCCUCUCAUUGUUUAACCAAUGUGACUAGGUGAUAACUGUCUAGGGUACAUAUGUUAUUCUAAGGCUUAUGAUGUCUAAGUUUCAGAUGCUUGGAGCAUAAACGAAGUUCUUGUGACUCAAGGUAGCCAUUCACAGGCACCUUUUUUCCUUUUGAUUUCAUGAGAAGGGGCCGUGCAGGUGGGAUUAGGAUGGUAGAAAACGUUGAUUCUUUACCUCUUGAGAAAAAAUGGGCUGAAACAUGUCUUCAUAAAGCUCUAUUUCUUGAUCUUUAUGAUUAUUCAAGUAUAUAUGAGCCUCCCAACGAGAAGCUACAUCAGAUUAUUUCAAGGACUGCAAUGUUUGUCAGCAAAAAUGGUAGCCAAUCAGAAAUUAUUCUGAGGGUGAAACAAGGAGAUAAUCCAACAUUUGGAUUCCUGAUGCCUGAUCAUCAUCUUCAUCCGUAUUUUAGGUUUCUUGUUGAUCAUCAAGAACUUUUGAAAGUUGACAAAGUUAAUGUACAUUCAGCAUUGGACAAGAAUAGAAGCCAGGGGCUUGAUCAAACAGGUGGUGCAUUGUCUUUGCUUGGAUCUGUCUAUGGAGAUGGAGAGGAUGAGGAUGGUACAACUGAAAAGACUAGUGACCUUGAGAAACACACACAUGUGGGAGCUGUUGAUGCUGCUACUACUUAUGCAUCUCCAGGGACGGAACAAGCAGAAGCAUCUUCAGAUGCAGCCAAGAAGGUUGGAAGCAUUUCCAAAAACCAAAUACCUUUGAAAGAAAAAGUUGCUGUUAUAAAGCGGAAUCAGUCUAUCAGUAAUGUUAAGACAGCAACUUCAGCUAGGGCAAAAACAGGAGAUACCUCAGAUUCGGGGUCUAAUGGUGCAAAUAAAUUACAGACUUCUGUUCCCAGUACAGCUAAGAUUGAACUACCUGUUGUUGAACCUCCAUCUGACAUAAAGAUAGUUAUUGAGAAGAUGGUUGAGUUCAUCGUAAAGAAUGGCAGGCAUUUUGAAGCUGUUCUUACUGAACAGGAUCGUGCUCAUGGAAGGUUCCCAUUUCUUCUGCCUUCUAAUGGAUAUCAUACUUACUAUCUGAAAGUUCUUCAAAAUGCUGAAGAGUCUAAGUUACCAGGCAAGGGCAACCAGAAGCACAAUCCAGUGGGUCGUGCCGGGGAUAAUACCACUGCUGUACAUGAAGAAAAGGACAAUCUUUCUUUUGGAUCUAUGGGUUCUGACCUGCCAAAUGACAUGGACCGGAAAGAGAAAUUCAAGAUGAUUAUUGGCAAUUUAAAGAAGGAUGGUCAAGAUCCAACUCCCAAAGACAGCCAAUCUCAAACUACAGUUAGCAUCCAUGCGGCGGCAGCCGCAGCUAUUCUUCAGGCAGCUACUAGGGGUAUUAAAAGGCCCAAUUUAGAAAUUUAUAGUAAGACGUCAAGUGGUAAUGGUCAAGGCUUUGGAAGUGAUGGUGGGAAUUUGUCUAGCUCUGGGAGUUUGCCGUCAUCUCAACUGAAGGGUUUUGUUCCACAUCGCAAUCUGAAUGCAGAGAUUAGUGCUUCUGCUCCAGUUGCCAAGGCUAUUGCAGAAAAAGUGGCUAUUGCAGCAGCAGGUGAGGCGGACUCCUCUGAAGCACAUAUGACUAAAGAGCAAAAGCUGAAAGCAGAGAGAUUGAAACGAGCAAAGAUGUUUGCAGCCAUGAUAAAAAGUGGAGUUGGAGCAUUUAAAAGUGAACCGCCAAGAGCUUUAUCUCUUGAGCCGCCAGGCUCUGGACUUUCAGGUUCAGAUGCUGAGAUUGGAAAUCUUGUGGGAAAAGAAAGGGAAGGAAGUUCUGUUCCAUUCAACGCUGAAAACUCAGAUAAAAGUCACAAGUCUGAGGAAAAGCUUUCUGAUGAUAAUUCAGAGAGAAGUCACAAGUCUGAGGAGAAACUUGCUCUUGACAAAAAUGAAAGGCGAUCAAAAAGAAAGUACCGUUCAAGGUCCAGUAGACAUGAAGAGGGGGAAGAGGAGGAGGAGCAGGUGGAGGAAGAAGAAGAAAAUAAAGAGAUAAGGGGUCACAGACGAUCAAGAAAAAAGCAUCGAUCACAUCGAUCUUCACACAGAAGUCGGGAUAGGGAUGCAGAGAGAGAUAUGGACAGAAACAGGCGGAAGCACAGGAGAAGAGAUUCCUCCUCCAAAGACAAGUAUUCUUAUAGGGAGAGUAAGCAUGAUAGCUCCUCCGAUGAGGAUCAUCAACACUUGAGGCAUCAUCGUAAAUAUGAUAGCUCCUCUGAUGAAAAGCACCGCUCUUCUCGACGACGUCGUGGAGAGAGUAAGUUGUCAGACCAAGAGCAUAGACAUUCUCGCAGACAUUAUAGUUCAUCUGAUGAUGAGCAUAGACAUUCUCGUAGACAUUAUAGUUCAUCUGAUGAUGAGCAUAGGCACCGAAGCAGAAAGACAAAGCAUAAGAGCAGGUCUCAUACUGAAAGAGACGCAGAGUUGGAGGAGGGAGAGAUAGUGAAAUCAGACAAGUCACAAGUAAGCGAGCUUGGGCGGGCUAGCAGGGAGGCUUCGGCCGAGUUAUUGAAGUCUACAAGUGUACCAUCUCAAUCACCUGAAGUAACUAAUGUUUCUGAUGAGCUUAGAGCCAAAAUUAGAGCCAUGUUGAUGGAAAAUUUGUAAAAGAAAACUUGGGUUCAUUAAUGUAUUGUUAAUCCUUGUUAAAUCAUAUUUCCACAAAGACAGAAAUCAUUUGGAUUUGA